AUGCCGUUGCCGCCGCCUCCCUCCUUCUUCCUCCUCCUCUCCCUGCUGCUGCUGCUGCUCCCGGCCGCUACCAUUUCCACCACCCAAACAAAUGCCACCCUCCCGUCUCCUCCUCUGCCUCCGCCUCCGCCGGCGGCGGCACCGCAUCCUCCCCGCCGCCACCACCACACCGCGUCUCCUCGCGCCCCGCUGACGCCGCCGCCGCCACCCAGCCUGCCUCCUCCUCCUCCGCCGCACCCUACACCCACUCCGGUCGCCGUGCCGCCGGCGCCACCGCCCACGCCCACGCCCACGCCAGCGCCGCCGGUCACCACUUCGCCGACGCCCAAGUACCCGUCCUCCUCCGCCACCCCCUCCACCGGGGAUCCAUACCCCUUCACCAACAACCCCUUCUUCCCAACAGUAAACUCGCCGCCGCCUCCUGCCCCAGCCGCCGAAACCCAGCCCUCCGGCGACGGCGGCCUCCAGACGUUCCCCGCCAACAUCUCCACCCUCGUCGCCCCGACCCCGCGCGCCUCCGACUCCCACCGCUUCCCCGUGCUCCAGGCGCUGCUCCUCUCCCUGCUCUCGCUCUGCCUCCUCCUCCUCUCCGCGCUCCUCUCCAUCCACCUCGUCCGCCGCCUCCGCCACCGCGGCGGCGGCGGCGGCUGCCCGGCGCCGCGGCGUCCUCCGCCUCCGCCGCCCACCGCCGCGCCGCCAGCAACCACGACGACGACGAUGACGGGGACGAGGAGGGACGCAGCCUCAAGCCGCCGCCAAUGCCCACCUCCUCCACUAACCCCAGCACCGAAGCUCCGCCCUCUGCCGCCGCUUCCGCGCGUCGGACCGCCGUCAGGCGAGUUCGCAUCCCGCAGCUCGGCCUCCGACCCCAGCACCGUGCCUCCCGCCGCCGCUGCCGAUGCCUCGUCCUCCUCCCUCUCUCCCUCCUCGCCGUCGGCUUCCUCACCCACGCUCGGCUCCAGCCCCGUCCAUUUCCGCCCGCCGUCCAUCCCGCAGCCGCGUGGCCGAGCCCCCAAUCCCUCGCCGCCUAAACGGAGGCCGUCGCCGCCCAAGGGUGCUGCGGAGCCCGUGGCGGCGCACGCGUGGAACCCCUUCGUGCCGCUGCCGCCGCGACCAGCAGUUGCUUCGUCAGAUGAUGGUGACUCUGAUCAGAUGAUGGACCUGCGCAAGUCGCGGCCUUUGCAUUCGGACAAGCUCAAGCCCGGCUCUUUGCACAUGAAGGACGAGGUCAUCCAGCUAUACCUCAACAAUUCGGCGGCGGUUGCGGCGCCGAGGGAGGUGUGUUUGCUCGGUGCCCUCAGGUGUCAUGGCAUCGGGAUGAUUGUGGGGGCAUUGGGAGUUUCCAAGGAGCAACUGAGGGAUGCACUCUUGGAAGGUAAUGCACAUGGUUUGGGAGUGGAAGCCUUGCGGAUGCUCACUCAGAUGGUGCUCAGCAAUGAAGAAGAGCUUAAGCUCAAAUAUUUCAAGGAUGAUUCCCUGACCAGACUUUGCCCAGUUGAUGCUUUUUUGAAGGCAAUGCUGGAUGUUCCGUUUGCGUUCAAGAGAGUGGAUGCCAUGCUUUACAUUGCCAGUUUCUAUUUGGAGAUCAAUCAGCUGAGAAUGUCAUAUGCUACUCUUGAGGGGGCUUGCCAGGAGAUGAGCAGCAGCAGGCUGUUCCACAAAGUCCUUGAGGCAGUUGUGAAUUUUGGCAAUUUCAUGAACACCAAUUCGGGGUCUCCAUGUUCAAAAGGCUUGGAGCCAAACACUGUUCUGAAGAUAGCUGAUGUGAAAGGAGCUGAUGGGAAGGCUGCUCUCAUGCAGUUUCUUGUCCAGGAAAUUGUGAAACCUGAAGGAUACAAUGUGAUGGAGGAUGGUUCAGGUACAUGCAAGAUGAACACAAGCACUCUGCAGUAUGAUGCCGAGUGCAGGAAGCAUGGCCUUGAGGUUGUCACCAAACUUGCAGCCGAGCUGAGCACCACGAAGAAAGCCGCGUCCAUUGACAUAACAAGGCUGAGCCGAAGCGUGUCGGAGCUUGGAAUGGGGCUUGGGAAGGUCCAUGACGUGGUGAGGCUGAACAGCAUCGUUACCUCUGCUGAGAGCACUCGGCGUUUCCACAAUAGCAUGAGCACGUUCCUGAGGCACGCUGAGGAGGAGAUCCUGAAGCUCCAGUCUCAGGAGAGCAUCUGCUUGUCGUCAGUGAAGGAGAUAGCGGAGUGGUUCAUCGGGGAGUUAGGCAACGACGAAGCUCACAUGUUCAGAAUUUUCGCUGGAGUGAGGGAGUUCCUAGCUAUGCUCGACCGGAUCUGCAAGGAGGCUGGGGAGGUGAACAGCAACAACUGGGUCGGCGCGACAACGGCGAGCUGGAUGGCUGCACCCAUGGGGAUGACGCCUUAA